AUGGCGGGCGGCUCGUGGGGGCUCUGGGCGCUGCUGGCGCUGCCGGCGCUGCUGGCGCGGGCGCAGCGGGCGCCGGGCGCCGACGAGCCCUGGCGCCAGCUCAUCCACGCGCUGCCCCUGCGCCCCGGCUCCGACACCGUGCGCGGCCACACGCGCCACCCCUUCGGCUUCGGCCAGGUGCCCGACAACUGGCGCGAGGGCCCCGUGGGCGACAGCACCGGCUCGCAGCGGCCCCGGCCGCCCGCCGCCCGCCAGCGCCAGGCUUCGUCCUCCUCCUCAUCAUCAGCGGCGGCGGCAUCGUCCUUCGCCUACUCGUCGUACGCCCAGCAGGGCUCCUUCCAGCAGCCGCCCUUCGUGGGCCAGUACGAGGGCUACGAGGYGCCGCGCGCCUACGACGAGGCGUACGCCUACUACCGCGGUGCCGGCGGGGCAGCCGUGGCGGCGGCGGGCGCCGGCGCGCUCUACCCCUUCCCGCCGCGCGGCCGCUACGAGGAGCACGGCGAGGAGCAGAGCCCCUACCGUGCCCAAGGCUACUACCCGGCCCCGGAGAGGCCCUACGCGCCGCCCGACGCCCUCGACCGCCGCUACUCGCACAGCCUCUACCACGAUGCCGGCGGCGCCGCCGAGGCCGCCUUCCCCGACGCCAACGGCGCCGGUGCCGGCGCGCAGCGGCCGCCCUACGGCAACGUGCCGGCCGAGCCCUACGCGCCGCAGCAGCCGCCCUUCCGCCCGCUGGAGCCCUAUGGGGCCCCUCGCGCCGAGCCCUACGUGCCCGCCCGGAGCCCCGAGGUGCCACAGGCGCUGCCCGAGAGCCCGGCCGCCGGCCAGGCCCGCCUCAGCGUGGGCAGCGUCUACCGGCCCAGCGCCAGCGGACGGGGCCUGCCCGACCUGGUGCCCGACCCCAACUACGUGCAGGCCUCCACCUACGUGCAGAGAGCCCAUCUGUACUCGCUGCGCUGCGCCGCCGAGGAGAAGUGCCUGGCCAGCACCGCCUACACGGCCGAGGCCACAGACUACGACGUGCGGGUGCUGCUGCGGUUCCCGCAGCGCGUGAAGAACCAGGGCACGGCGGACUUCCUGCCCAGCCGCCCGCGGCACGCCUGGGAAUGGCACAGCUGUCACCAGCACUACCACAGCAUGGACGAGUUCAGCCACUAUGACCUCCUGGAUGCCACCACAGGGAGGAAGGUGGCCGAGGGCCACAAGGCCAGCUUCUGCUUGGAGGACACCACCUGUGACUUUGGGAACCUGAAGCGCUACGCCUGCACGUCACACACCCAGGGCCUGAGCCCAGGAUGCUACGACACCUACAACGCCGACAUCGACUGCCAGUGGAUCGACAUAACGGAUGUGCAGCCGGGAAAUUACGUGCUGAAGGUCCAAGUGAACCCCAAGUACAUCGUCCUGGAGUCCGACUUCACCAACAACGUGGUGAGGUGCAACAUCCACUACACCGGCCGCUACGUUGCCACCACAAACUGCAAGAUCUCCCAAUCCUGACGGGAGCGGGGCUGCAGGGAAGCCCUCUGCGCCAGCCGCCCA